AUGCUUGAAGAUGUUCUUCGAAGGGGAAGAGCCGUGUGGAACCAGAUAAAGUUGUCACAACCUGUUUAUAAGCUGUUCGGAAAGCGGCUGCUGCAGGCCGGGAGACACAUCAUGUCUCAUAAGUCUUGGAUGAAGACGGUGCCCACAGAGAACUGUGACGUCCUCAUGACAUUUGCAGACGCCACAGAUGACCACACGUUACUAUGGCUACUGAACCACAUCCGGCUGGGAAUCCCAGAGCUCAUCAUACAGAUUCGACAUCACAAGCACACACGAGUCUACGCGUUCUUCGUCACCGCCACGUAUGAAAAUUUGUUGCGAGGUGCUGACGAGAUGGGACUGAGGAAAGGAGUGAAGCCCGAGUUCGGAGGAGGAACACGCAGCUUCUCCUGCGAGGAGGACUACAUCUACGAGAACAUCGAGAGCGAGCUGUGCUUCUUCACGUCACAGGAGAGGCAGAGCAUCAUUAAAUACUGGCUGGAAAAUCUACGUGCCAAACACGGGGAGGUGCUUCACAAUAUCAACUUCCUGGAGGGCCAGCCAAUCAUCCCGGAGCUGAGUGCGCGAGGUGUGAUCCAGCAGAUGUUUCCUCUCCAUGAGCAGAGGAUCCUGGGUCAGCUGAUGAAGUCCUGGGUCCAGGCUGUUUGUGAGAAACAGCCUUUAGAUGAUAUCUGUGACUAUUUCGGGGUGAAGAUCGCCAUGUAUUUUGCCUGGUUGGGUUUCUACACCACAUCCAUGUUGUAUCCUGCUGUGAUCGGCUUUGUGCUGUGGAUGCUCACCGAGUCAGAUCAGACGAGCCGUGACAUCUGCUGUGUGGUGUUCGCCCUGUUCAACGUGGUGUGGGCCACUCUGUUUCUGGAGCGGUGGAAGAGGCGGGGGGCCGAGCUGGCGUACAAGUGGGGAACUCUGGACACGCCGUCUGAAUCCCUAGAGGAACCACGGCCUCAGUUCCGGGGAGUCAAGCGCUGUAGUCCCAUAACAGGAUGUGAGGAGUUCUACUAUCCUCCGUGGAGGAGGCGUGUAUUCAGGUGGCUGGUCAGCCUGCCCAUCUGUAUCCUCUGUCUCUGUUUUGUCUUCCUGGUCAUGCUCAUCUGCUUUGAGCUGCAGGAGUUUGUGAUGGGGAUCAAGGAAAUGCCUCGGCUAGCUCGCUUCAUCCCCAAAAUAAUGCUAGCCAUCACUGUGACGGCAUGUGACGAGGUGUACAGGAAGAUCGCCUGCUGGCUCAACGACAUGGAAAACUAUAGACUCCAGAGUGCCUAUGAGAAAAAUCUCAUCAUCAAAAUGGUUCUUUUUCAGUUUGUAAAUUCUUAUCUCAGCCUUUUUUACAUUGGAUUCUACCUCAAAGACAUGGAGCGUCUGAAAGAGAUGCUGCUGGUGUUGUCUCUAUUGAGGAGUCUGCAGCGGCAGGUCCGGCUUAACCUGCUGCCCUCCCUCCGUUUCAAGAUCAAGAUGUAUAUAGUCUCUGUCCCCUGGUUCUCCAGGGCUUUUCUCAGGUCCAAAAUGCUGGCCACUCUGCUCAUCAUUCGCCAGUUCCUUCAAAAUGUGAAGGAGGUGCUGCAGCCUUAUCUGUAUGAGCGCCACAAGCUGGGCGAGCUCUCACUGCGAGCCAUGUGGGACCUGCUGCUCUCAGUGCUGCUGAAGUAUGCCCGGCUGGCCGCUGGGAAAGCCCAGGUCUCUCCCACUGACCAUCACAUGCCGGGACCUGGACUGAGGGGCACGCGGCCUGGGCUGGGGCAGCCAGAGAGGAGGGAGAAGAAGUGUUUAAACGGGGGGUGCGGGGUGCCCGAUGAAGAGGAGGGAGGUGAGCGGGACGAGGCCGACAGUGGGAGGUUCAGCGAAGGAGAGACGGAGGAGGAAAGUCUGAUCGACUGCGGUUUGAAGCUGAGGAAGGUCAGCUUCAUAGAGAAGGUGGACAGAAGGCCCGUCUGCACUGGACCCCCCAUGGACAACAGUUUCGUGGACGAAGGGAGCCCCACCAUGGUGGAAAAGGGAAUGGACCCGGCCUCUAUGUUUGAAAUGUGUGACGACGACGACGAUAAUGACAUCCAUGAUGUGAAGGAGACCGGUGGGGGAGGGACAGGUGCGGCGGAGGGAGCUAAUGCUGCUGCUGCUGCUGCUCCACUUCCCUCCGGCUCUGACAGCAGCAUGUCACUGCGAAACAGGAGAAGAGGCGGGAGCACGGAGAGACCCGAGCCUAAAACGAAAAGGGAGUCGUGGAUUGACCCCCCCGAAGAGAGGGAGAGCACCACGCUCACUCAGGCUGAGAUGGAGAGCUGCAUGCAGUCUUAUGCUGACACCUUCCAGGACUACCAGGAGAUGUUUGUCCAGUUCGGAUACGUGGUGCUCUUCUCCUCAGCCUUCCCCCUGGCGGCCAUGUGCGCGCUCAUCAACAAUAUCAUCGAGAUCCGCAGCGAUGCCUUCAAGCUCUGCACCGGCCUGCAGAGGCCGUUCGGACUCCGGGUGGAGAGCAUCGGCCAGUGGCAGACUGCAAUGGAAGCCAUGGGCCUAAUCGCCAUCGUCGUGAACUGUUACCUGAUUGGUCAGUGUGGUCAGCUGCAGCGUCUGUUCCCGUGGCUCAGCCCGGAGAUGGCCAUCAUCUCCAUCGUCAUCCUCGAGCACUUUGCCAUUCUCCUGAAGUACAUCAUCCACAUUGCCAUACCUGACAUUCCCACAUGGGUCACAGAGGAGAUGGCUAAACUGGAUUAUCAGCGCAGGGACGCCUUCAAGAAGCACGAGCGACAGGCGCAGCAGCAUUACCAGCAGCUGCAGAGGAGGAAGAGGGAGGAAGAGGAGAGGCAGAGGCAGGCGGAGCACGUGGCCCGGAGAGAGAGGGAGCGGGACGAGAGCAAGGGCGACUCCUCUGGGGAUCAUCACCAUGACAAGAGUCACGGCAGCAAAUCGCGGGCCGGGGGUGGAGGAGGGGGAGGAGGCGGGGGGUCCGACAAACCCAAGAGGCCCAGCUCUCUGCUGGCCAACAACAACGUGAUGAAGCUGAAGCAGAUCAUCCCGCUGCAGAGCAAGUUCUCCUCGGCUGGCGCCCGCUCGCCGCAGUCGCCCACCAGCAACGAGCCAAAGCUCCCUGGGUUCCUGAGCUUCAAGUUCCUCAAGUCACCUGAGAACAAGAAGGAAGUCGUGGCGUCUGCCGCCUCAGCAGCCAACGCCACCGCAGCGGCAUCGUCAUCAUCUUCAUCAUCAGGUAGCAGCUCUCAGGAGCGUUCUCAGUCACCCAGCAAAGCCUUCAACCCUGGGAAACUGUUUAACUUUGGGAAAUCCGAGGGCGGGACGUGUGUGAACGGGGCGCCGCUGCCCAGACCCGGGGAGGGCGCUUCAGAAAGACACAUUUCCAGGUCUGACUUGAACGGCGUUCCAGACGAGAUCCCCUCGCCUGGAGGGGGAGACUCUGAGAACGGACCUUCAACAGUCAUGGACGGCUCUAAAGUUUAG